AUGGGACGAAUGCGCCCGGACUACACUGGCACUGGCAUCACUAAUAUCAGGAGCAUCAGGAGUGUCACUGGCAUCACAAGCGUCACUGACAUCACGAGCAUCACAAGCGUCAUUGACAUCGCUGGAGGCCUUCCAAUGCGUCCCCGCUCUCCGGCUACGGCUCGCACCUAUUGGGCAACGACCAAGGUCAGCAUCCCCGCGUUCAACGUCCCCACUUUCCAGCAAUCAAAUUUGGUAGCCAUGGCUUAUUUCAUCGCAGUUCCCUUCUCGACGGACGGGUCUCCGACUGUCCUUACGGUUCCAUGGAUCCCCGCUGACCGCACCGAGUCUAUGGCUCCUAUAGUUAAGGAUGAAGCUAGGGUAGAAGUGGAUUGGAGUGGGUUGGCCGGGGGAAAGGCAAAGAGUGUACGAAAUUCGACUCCCAGUGGGAGAAAGGCGAAGAAUGCCCAGAAGACCACUCCUAGCGGUCCUCCUGCAGUGGAAUUUCAAGGGAUCGAGAAGUCGGUAGCAGGGUCUGGUAAAGCCUCCCAAGGCAAGAAGGCACGCGAAAGCGCUAGACCCUAUCCCUCUCGUUACACGCUUCUGAGGCGCAAGUUCAAGGGUGUCGAGUAUUGGACCCGCUGGUGGCCCAUCGACUCCGAGGAACCUCUUCGCCAGCCACCCCAAAGCAUAUCCAAGGACACGCGCCUACAGGUCAACGACCUUUGUAUCAAUCGUGUGGCAGAUAAGCAGUUCAACAUGUGGAUCUACACCGCUGCUAAUGGUUGGGAAGCCAUCUUGGAGGGUGAUACUCGUGUCUUUGAUGGAGAGAGGACAUUGUCAAUCAACCCAUCAAACGAGCCGGAUUGGGUUUACCGCAAGGAUGCGAGCGGCCGCGGUGUUGCGCGAGAUAACGGCGCGCAUUCCCUCGUGAAGCAGCGCGCGGAUUGGGCAACGCCGAUCGCCCUCGAUCGCCCGUGCGAGCUUGUUCAGCCUGUCUACAUCAUCCGCGAAAGACUUACGACCAGGAAGUUCCGCAGCCGGGACCCCGAAUCCGAGCCCAUGAGCAAACGGAGUGGAAUGGUAAGGCCGGUCCGUCAUCUCAGCAUCGUCGCUCCAGAAGGCGCGGAUCGAUUCCGGCUGGGAGUUCUGUGGUACAGACAGAGGGGAGGCAUCCUCUCGUCGCCAUCCUCCAAGUUGCACGCGCUAUCAAGUGUACAUGACCGCGAUCCCGACGUGCUCGCCGGAGUGCAGAGCGUUACAGGUGUGCUCCACGACCUGAAGAACACCCCGUACACUGUAUACGGUGACGAUCCCAUUGGACGUCGUCGCCAUGGUGUCGCGGCCCGAAGGCGAGGUCCCCGUGAUGACACGACUGCUCGCGAGCCGCACAGGCGUGCUGAACCGCCGCCACCUCUUCUGGAGUGCGUAAAAGCUGACGACGAAAACCGCGCCUGGCACUUUGAGCGCGCGGACGGGAGCCUCACACGCGUCGGCAAGAGUCGUCUAUUCUGGUACAGGGUGCAGGAUAUACCGGAGGUCGAGCGGAUCAUCAAGGGGUUCGAGACGAAGGGGCGGAUUGAUAGGUCGUACCUCCCUGUCGGCCCUGCUGCACCUCCAAGGAAGGAUGUUGGGCUCGGCGGCGUGAAGAAGUGUUCGACUCUGGCGAGAAAGGCUAUGCCUAGCUAUGAUGUCGCGGAGAUGGAGAAAGGGGAGGAGCUAGAUGCGUGGGCGGUGGCGCUGCCGAACGGCGCGUACAAGCCGUUCGUUGAGAUCGUGUUGGUGUUCGUGCCUAUGGUCGCGCCCUGGUUCAGCGGGAUUAUCUCGACGCUGUCGAUGCCCCUCAGUCAGAAGUUGACAGCCCGGGAGGUUGCGGUGCUGUAUGAGGAGAUGUAUUCUGGAGAGAGGUUGGUGAAGAUUCAGAUGGGCGUUCCCGAGUUGGGAGACGUUGAGGGGAAGCAUGGGUGGACUGUCAGCGGGUUCCAGGUGCACAGCGAAGGCGAGAGAGUCGCGGCCUUGCCACGAAUGAUUACAGGUGUCCAGAUGCGGUGCUUAUUUGUAGGAUAG